AUAUAGAUCAACGUCAGGUAGACUGUUUUUAAGGAAAGUCAUCUAUUUUUAUUAUUAUCAUCAUUACAUUUUUAAUUUACACCUGAACAAUGGGUAAACGGAAUAAUAUGAUACCUAAUGGCCAUUUUCAUAAGGACUGGCAGCGUUUUGUUAAAACGUGGUUUAAUCAACCUGCUCGUAAAUAUCGUAGGAGAACAAAUCGCAUUAAGAAAGCUCGAAUUCUUGCUCCAAGACCUGUAAAUCUACUAAGGCCAAUUGUACACUGCCCCACUUUUCGUUAUCAUUCUAAAACUAAGGCAGGGAAAGGUUUUACUCUUGCUGAAUUGAAAGCUAGUGGUCUACAUAAGAAAUUUGCAAGAACAAUUGGGAUUGCUGUUGAUCCAAGAAGACGUAAUAAAUCUGUUGAAACUUUACAGCAGAAUGCUCAGAGGCUAACAGAGUUUAAAGCAAAAUUGAUUCUCUUUCCAUUAAAUGAAAAGAAGCUUAAAAAAGGCGAAGCAACUUCUGAAGAGUGUAAGAUUGCUACACAAGUGAAAGGUGAAGUUAUGUCUCAAGGUUUGCAUCAAACACCAGCCAAAAUCAAAGCUCGUGUUAUCACUGAAGAUGAGUUGAAAUUUAAUGCUUAUAUUACAUUACGUAAAGCUAGAACUGAUGCAAAAUUAAUUGGCAUCAGAGCUAAACGUAUUAAAGAUGCAACAGAAAAUCCUGAUGAUGUAACAAAAGUUUCUAAGGAUAAAAAGAUUAAAAAAUAAACUUGUUUAAAGUAUGUAUAAUAGAAAUAAAAUUUCUAUCAGUAGA